UUUCUUUGAAAAUUAUGAUUAAAUUGAUAAUUUUAAAACAAAUUAGCAUUUUUUAUGAAAAAAAAAAAAGAACCCAUAAGGUUUUGCCUUAUUUUACUGUUAGGCUUGAAAUUUUUGUCACAAAAAUACUGAUGUAAUUUUAUUAAUCAUUAAACAUAAAUAUAUUGUAGUUGACUAUUUUGCCCCCAAAUUUUAUCAAAUUCCUUUCCCAUCCUCAACGGAUAAAAUGAGAAUCAGUUAUCAGUUGAAGACUGGUUGUGAAAUCGCAACACAAAUUUUGCAGAGCUCUCUCUCUCUCUCUCUCUAGCUCGAUUUUUGAUGUCUUCGAAUUUCUUGUUUGGGAUUGGGAUAUAGGUGGCUUCUGUGUGUCUGCCGAAAUUGGGAUUUGCGGUUCUUGAUCAUUUGCCAUUGUUGCUGCAAAACUCAACUUUUUUUACGUUUCCACAAAUAUUUGUGGUGUCAAUUUUGCUGGAUUGUUAGGAUGAACCAAGAAGAAGAAGUUGCCAAUCAUCAUUAGAGCUCCGAAAACCUAAAAAUGGCAGCUUUUACUGCAGCGAGGAUUUGCUCCCUCGCCAUUUCUAGUUCCGCCGACAGAAGCAACAAGAGACUACAAUCAAGGUGUAAUGCUGUGCUUUCCUUUGAUGAAACAUCAACAAGUCGUCGGUUUCUUAUGCAAAGUGCUGCUGUUUCUGCACUUGUAUUGCUAAAUUUGAACGGUGGAUUGAUGUCAUUGCCUGCACGGGCCGAGGAGAAGGCGAAGGAAGAAGGCGAGGGUCUAGUUGGGGCAUUGCAGUCAUUGUUUGAUCCUAAUGAGAAAACCAAAUCAGGGAAGGUUUUGCCUAAGGCUUACUUGAAAUCAGCUAGAGAAGUUGUGAAAACACUUCGCGAAUCAUUGGAGGAAGAUACCAAGGAUAUGGCGAAGUUCAGACGAACAGCUGAUGCAGCAAAGGAAUCAAUCAGGGAAUACUUGAGUGGUUGGAGGGGGCAAAAGGAGGUUGUCAAUGAGGAAUCCUAUGCAAUGCUUGAAAAAGCCAUAAGAUCGCUCGCCAGUUUUUACUCGAAAGCAGGCCCAUCCGCACCCCUUCCGAAGGAGGUAAAGACCGAAAUAUUAAGCGAUCUCACCACUGCAGAAGAUUCUUUUUGACAUCAGAUCUCAGUUUGAGUUCAUAGACAUGGUGAUUCCAUUUUGAUGACUGGUAAAUGUACCUUUACUUCAUGUAUAUGAUAGCCUAAUGUUAAUGGCCUAUGUAAUUUCUUUUCCAAGAUUAGAGCUUAUUAGUUUCUUGUUUUGCUUGUAAUCCUCCAAACUUCAUUUUUCUCUCGAAAUUGGAAAUAAUAAAGUGAAGCCUUCUUCAUUUUUUGACA